AGACUUUGCACCAUCAAGAUCGCGGCAACUCUCGCAAACUCGAAAGGAACAUAUUCCAUUCGAGAUCUCUGGAUCAUGGCGUUCCGUGUGCCGUUUUACGUGACUGCAAGCAUCCUUACAUCAUGCGUGGCAUUUCUCUUCGGGUUCGACACCGGCAGUGUCGGUUCAGUGACCACCAUGCCCGCCUUUAAAGAGACAUUUGGGGAAUUUUCAGCAACUGUGCAUGGAUUGAUUGUGUCGUCUUCUCUUAUUCCCGGCGCCUUGACAGCCCUCAUUGCUGGGGCCCUUGCUCACCGAUUUGGCCACACCAGCCUCAUUGCCCUUGGUUCCAUCACCUAUGGCAUAGGGGCCGGGAUUGAGUGCGGUUCUCCCAUUCUGGGCGUCUUCGUACUGGGUCGACUUAUAAAGGGUAUCGGUGAGGGUCUGUUUCUCAGCAACGUCUAUGUUCAGGUCUCUGAAAUAUCGCCAUUUCGGGUUCGGGGCAUUAUGACGGCGUUGCCGCAGUUCCUGAUUGUAUCCGGCCUAGCUACCGGAUACUUUGUCUGCUAUGGCACAUCACGUCUCGGAGACUCGACUUCUUCCGUCACAUGGCGAAUACCUCCGGCCAUCGCCUCAUUCCUUGGGCUUGUCCUGUCGACAACCUACUUCGUCACGCCCCCGUCGCCUCGCUGGCUGUUGUCCAGAGGAAGAAUAGAUGAGGCUCGCGUGGUUGUAGCCCAGCUUGGACUGGAUGAAGUUGAGCAAAAAGAGCUCCUUUCGCAGUCCCUGCCGCCAGAUGAAGUCAUGGACCCAGACCUUACUUUCUGGCAAAGCAUUCUACAUACCUUCAAGGAGUUUGCGCAUGCCUUCUCGGCCCCCUACAGAUCUCGGACUGCGUUCGCCUGUUUUAUCAUGGGCAUGCAGCAAUUCAGUGGAAUUGACGGUGUCUUGUACUAUGCUCCUAUCUUGUUCACCCAGGCAGGACUCAGCAGUGAGAAAGCAUCAUUCUUAGCAUCCGGCGUCUCUGCGCUGGUCAUCAUGGGGGCUACUAUUCCUGCGACCCUCUUUGCAGACCAAUGGGGCCGUCGUACCUCGGGGAUCUUGGGUGGAAUACUAAUCACAGGAUUGAUGCUGGUGAUGGGCUCGCUCUACGCUGCAGACAAAGUCCACCCAGAUCAUGGAGCUGGAAGAUGGAUUGUUAUCGUGUCCAUCUAUCUUUUUGCCAUAUCUUUCAGCUUCACUUGGGCUAUUGGAUUCCGAACAUGGGUAGUGGAGAGUAUGCCGAGGAAGACAAGAAGCAGUGCCUCAAGUCUUGCGCAGUGUUCCAACUGGUGCGCAAACUACGUUGUUGCAUUGGUCACUCCAGUCCUUCUCGCCAAGUCUACCUUCGGGGCGUAUUACUUGUUCGCCUUCUCCAGCCUUGCCUGCACGCUCUCAGUCUGCUUUUUCAUGUUUGAGACAAAGGGGCUUAGUCUUGAGGCAAUCGAGAAGAGGUAUGAAGAGAGAAAGGGGAGCUCAAAUGGCCAAGAGUCUGGAGACUUGAAAAUGGGACUCGGAUGUGCCUAAAAAUAGAAGGGUUCCAGGCGAAUCACAAUGCACGCCUGACGGUCGGCACACAACAUUUAAUAGCGACAAUCAAGGUUUGGCCGAAUGGAAUUGAGUAUUAGAAAGUACUGCGGCGGAAGAUUUAGGGGAUUAGUCGUUCGGGCGGUGGCGUGAUGCACAUUGAUUAGCGGGUGGAAUGAGCCGGCGAUGCGGUUGACGUUCGCGGCCGUCUGCGGAUUUUCGGUCCCGGAAAAGUGAGAAAUGUCCGGAUUCCGACCGGGUCGCUCACCUCACGUCAUCUUUUUCGCGUUACAACAGCGCAAUAAGAAUAUAUAAAUAGAG